CUGCUUUACCCGUUGUCCUUUCCUUUCUUGAUCUUGCUCUUUCACUCGCCCGCGUGCUACUCCCUUCCUUCCUUCUUUCUCUCUCCGGGCGGGACCAUUCAGUCUUAAUGAUCCCUUAGUUCGAGGUCAAUGGGCCUCUUCGUGCACGAAGAUGGACAUGUGCGAGGCUGGCUGGCCGCCUUGCUCUGCUGCUGGGCAGCAAUGGGGGACGAUGAAACGUAUGGAGAGAAAAACACAAAAGCGAACGUUUCGCGACCACAAGUCUGCAAUGACCAGCCGACUCCACUGCAGCCAAUGUCUGUGAACGCAACCCAACCACUGUCCAGACAAAAGAAUGGAAGCUUCACCGAAGACGAUCGUGUCCGACCCAUCUCAGAGCGACCGCCCUCACUCAAGCCCUUGGACUUUGGGGAAAUGUCUCUCAUGGGCAGAAUGGCACUCCAUGGCAGGAGGAAAAGUUCUACGAACCUGCUGUGGUCGCCAAAAAGAAUCAGCAUCGGUCCACCCAAAGACUUCCGAAAGCUUGAUAUGACCGAAAAGCAACGUCGAUCGCUCAAACCGUUGCAACUAGAGCCUGUCGUUCUCAAGGGUCACGAAGCUGGUGUGGCAAGUGAUGGUGUCAAGCUCGCACAGACUACGUUGCCAUCCGAUGCUGAUGAUGCCACCAAUCGUGACUCGUACCGCGAGGCACGCGACACUCCAUGGCAGCGCUGCCAGCUGAUGAGUUCCACAGCUCGCAGGGACCCUUCGCCACCACGCCCGCAAGAAGACAACCCUCCUUCGCAGGAGACUGCAAAGAAGCAAAACACCUCCAGGCCACCGCUAUCGACUCGAUCAUCUUCCAGUUCAAUCAAAUCACUGCGUCGUCAAGCUAUCGAGACCAGCGCUUCGGGCACUCCGUCAUCAAUGUCUCGCCCGUCUGUGGAACGGCUUCGCAUCCACCGGAAGCGUUCGAAUCAGUCCAACCGCAUGUCUUCCGCCGACAGCAGGGACCUCGACCAAGAGAUUCUUGAGCUCAACACAAUCGUCGAAGAGCGCAGGGCAGAAUCAGGUCGGGGUCCAAGUCACGAGGAUCUGCAUGUUCCCGCUGUCGCCCCCGCCAUGGGACUUCGUGCGAGGUCAGAAACUCUCAGUGACAUCGGCUCUGCAUUCUCCCGUCCGCUCCGCCUGGAAACAAACUGUCAAGCUGUUCCAGAGGCAGUGUCACCCUUCAAAUCACCUGUCAAAUCUCGCCUCUCGCGCCCGUUCACUAAUAUGCCAGACGCUAAUGUGACUGUGCAAGAAGUCGGAGUGGUCAGGCGACCGAGUUCGAGGGUGACGGGCUGGCUUUCCAACAUCUUGUCCUCCAACACUGCAUCAGCAGAAACAACGACACCUCAGCCUUUCUACUCUGUGCGCCGUCGUACCGUUUCAGAGGCUUCGAUGGUUAGCACCGUGACGGAGCUCGAGUCACCUUGCAUCAGUGCGUCAUCGUCGCCCAUUUCGAAGGGACACAGCAGAGAGCGCUCGCUAGUGUCGCCGCCUUCUACCGCUUGCACAUCGGAGUUCGAUGUAAAAUCUACGAGGAGAAAGUCACCAGGUCAGUGGGUGCAUGUGCAGAAUCCUAGUCAGGUUGGAUUGGCAUUGUGAUACGACUGACUGGAGGGAGGACUUUGGUCGUGGUGUGUACAUACAUAGAUGAGAUACCCUUAGCCUGUGUCAGUUGGAGCUGGAUCUGGCUGUAAUAGUACGGAAAUACGGACCAAAAAUGAGAUAUGUACAACACGAUUCGACCUUUGGCCUUGCCAAUCACCUUUUCAGCUUUUA